CGCUCCCCUACGGUCCUCGGUAAAACCUGUGAAGGAUUGGGAUGAAAAGGAGUGGCGGUGGGCGGCCAUGCAGUACGAAACGCGGAAGAAGUUUGACCCGUCGGGACGGCUGCGAAGCGCGUUUGACCCCCGGGGCGGUGCGGCAGCUGUUCGGGCGGAGCAGCGAAACAGGGCGCAAACAAGGUCCGCGGCCGACCGCCUGGCGACGAAGUUCAAUAAGAAGGGAUCGACGGCGGACGACAUUAUUAACCGUGAACAGAGGCUGAAAGACCUUGCAAGCGCGAAGCACGACGCAGAGAAAAAUGGAACAGGAAGCCAAGGUGCUGGGGGAGGUUUCCUUAGCAACAUGUUUGGCACUGACGACGUGAAGGCGGCAGAAGAUCUCGCUACCGCUGAUCUACUGGAAAAAUCCGGGGUCGAAGCGGGGCAGCGACUCCCUGCGUUUCUGAAAGUGUUUUCUCGGCGGGAAAUCGCGGACGUCGCCGAAGCUGGGAUGGAUGUUUUGCGGAGGAAGGCGUACGAUCGGGAGGAUGCAGGGAGGCUCGUCGGGAGCGGCAACAUGGAUCCAAUAACAGCGGAGCCGUUGAUGUUGUACGGACAAAAAGAACCACGGGACGAAAGAUUGAUGAGGUAUGAGGCCUUUGUUGUAAUUUGAAAGAAGUGACAAUCCACGUUCAAUUUUCAUCCAUUUCCUCUGCGUAAAGAAGGAAAGUUGAGUUCCCGACAUACAUUACCCCGUUCAUCACAGGUACGCAGCGCUGCGAAGCAUGCCAUCGAGAAGGCAGCAACUUCCCAAUCUCUACGAGCUCGCCGAGGUGAUGGACGGGAUAAAGGCGAUGCCGAACCUCGUCUACGUCCUCAAGGAAGUAGUGGACAGUUUGCAAGACAACGCUCUGUCUGUGCCGGAAACGGUGCAGCUGUUGAAAAUAUGUACGCAGCUCAUGGUAGAAGACCGCGGCGGGACAUUCACCUUCGAUCCAAAUGUUCUGAACACUAUACGAGGGACUGCACCACCAGGAAGGAAACCCGCGGCGCGGCGGUGGGAGGCGAAGCCGAGCGGAGGGGACAAAAAGGUGCAGUCAGCAGACGCGGCUGGCGGAAAGAGGGAGAAGGAGCAUCACCAUCAUCAUCACCAUCACCACCACGACGAUGUUGACACUGAUUUGGAUGAUAGCAAAAGACGAGAUCCAGACCCGCCGCCUCGAAAGUUGGAGUCGGUGAAGAGCGAACGUCCUCACUACCAUCACCACCCUGCUGCAGCAAGCACGUUUGCUCGCCGAGGUUCUGUUCAAGCCAGGCUGCAGACGGAAAACAAGUUCCGCUCCCCGAAAAGAUCAACCGCUGAGCAGCUGCAUCGGGGUGCAAGGCUGAAAGAGGAAAUGGAAGAGGACGAGGAGGAAGUCGUCCGCCCCGAGGAGAAGGAAUCCAGGCCGUAUCUGAUGCAGAACAUGAUUCGCACGAGGAACCUUGCGCGACUGGGCAUUUACGUGUGGUCGGUGCCGGAAGAGGAGGGUUUGGAGGUUUUGAAAUCAUCUAGACUGAGUAUCGGGGAAAAACUGCGACAAGUUUUGAAUUUUGACCUGAACUGGAGCCAUUUUCCCCGGGUGCGUGUUGCCGAAGUGGGUCGCGGACCUUCGAUUCGACCCGGGUAUCAUCGUCCACCGCCGGGCGGAAAUCGGAUGCAGAAGAACUUUCCGGUGAUGGAAGGCGAUGUGCUGCUGGGCUGUAACGGGGAGUCGAUUUCCGGUUUGUUACUGAGCCAAGACGCGAAAAGCAAAGACCCGAACGAGGUUCUCGUCAGCGAACUGCAGCGGCGCUGGACGAGCUUUGCGUUUCUGCAGAGUGAGGCCACGCGGCAGUACGUUCAGCUAACUCUGACGAGCCGCGUGUUGGGCGUCGAGUUCCGACAAGCCACGUCGAAGAUCGCAAAUGUGAACCCGAAAAGCUUUGCUGCACGCCAUGGUUUACAGAUCGGCGACGAACUUGUGAUGGUCAAUGACCUUUUGUGCGAAACAAACCGGGACGAGGCGCUGUCGCUCCUCACGUGGGGAGAACGGGUGCGACCACUGGACUUGCUUUUUCGCCGGGCCUCCGGGUUUCCACACAGCGUGCGGUUUUACGAGGAGAACAAUUUCGAGGAAAGGCUGGGCGUCGACGUAAACGCCUUAGGACCAUCGUCUUCUGGCCGUUCUGGUGGCAAGAGGGUGGUGGUAGGCGAGACAACGGGCGCCAUGCGGGACGACAAAGUUCCGUUUUUGCUUUCUCAGCUGCUACAAUCGAGAAAUCCGUCCGCGUACGGGAUUACGUUUUACUCGCCUGAUACCAGCGAGCACGGGAAUCGGCAAGCGAGUAUCGAGGACCCGAACCUGACUUCGACGCAGAAGAUGAUGUCGACUCUUGGGUUCACCCUCGAUUGGGUCAGCUUUCCGAGAGUCUACGUUUCGAACUCGAAGAGGUCCGACGCACCGGUAGGCAGUCUUCUGCUCUUGUGCUGUGGCGACCGCGUGACGAUGGUCGCGACCUGGAAGGGCCGACACGCCGACGAGGCAGUUUUGCGCAAAGUGCACAAGGCGGACGGCGGGGACGUUAGUUUCGCGUUUCUCCGCAUGCCGGGGCAGUAUCUUCAAGUGACAACGAGAAACGUGGGUGUGAUUGACGAAAAGUCUCUGAGUAUUGAAGUGAAAACGGGAAAGGUGAUCUCAGUCAAAAACGACCUGGCGCGCGCAAUGGGCAUUGCAGCCGGAGACGAGCUGGUUACUGUCGACGACCUGCUGUUCGAAAAGCAACCUUCGCACGCAUUGGACCACAUGUACGCGGGUAGUAGUUCCCAACUUUUGUUCCGCAGAAGAGGCGGUUUUCCACCGGACGUAUUGAACGAACAGGAAGCCGCUGUGCGACGGCCGUUGCCGGCCGGUUGGGCGGAGGAGGCGCAGAAGAGAAGGAACGCGGCCCCGAAGUCGCCAGUGUCGGUUGCAACGGUGGAUGUGAAUCGUGAUGACAAGCCAGGACAACCUGCGAAGCCGGUGGCAGCAAUCGGGACGGCGCCGGCUUCGCCUGUACCGGUAGUGAAGCCCGCAUCACCAGCUCCUGUUGCUGCUCCGGUGCCUACAACUGCGAGAACCAGUCCUGAUGCGCCCUACUGCGUACAGUUUCUUGGGUUCGGGAAGAAUCUACCCGGUGCGGGUUUGGCAGGUACUAGUACACCGAAUUUUUUGACGAAAACCAAUGAAUGCGAUACGUUUAUUUAAGUACGUUGCUGCGUGGUCGAUCGUACUACUACUUACACGUCGUGUUGCAUGUAGUAAGUAAUAUCCAAGUUGAAGAAGAGCUGAAAAAAUAAGAACAAGUCUAUGUCGAACAACUUUUUAUCAGGUUGGGGCCAGAGCAGCAUUGACGACAAGAUUCUGAAGGACGACACUCUUUCCAACGAGGAGAAAAUGCUGAAGCUGUUCGGCGUAAAGCUUGACUGGAGCAAGUUCCCGGUUGUCACAGUGACAACAGUCGAACCAAAAAUGCCGGACGACAGCGGCCCCAGUCGCGCCGCCAAGAACGGAAUCGUCGAGGGUGACAUGCUGAUCAUGGCUGCGACGCUGCAGGAUCGGGUGACGACGGUGCCGACCUGGGAGGGCAAGGAUCCAAACGACGCGUUGAUGAAAAAAAUUAGGAGGAAGUUCGAGCGUCAGGACAAUCCUGUGGCGGCGUUCGUGUUUUUUCGCAAAAAGAAGGAGAAGCAGUACGUGCAGCUAGAGGCGAAAGACAAGCAGCUGGGGUUUACGGUGGACACUAGCAACAAAAUCGUCUCAGUAUCAUCCGGUGGCUGGGCCGACCAGCGGGGCUUGAAAGCAGGCGAUCUCGUUGCCGUCGCAGGGGACGCACUUUCGGAGAAACAACCGGAUGAGGUGACGAAACGGGUGGCGGACUCGGGUCCGCGUCCGAUUCAUUUGCUUUUCCGUCGGGAAACGGAGUUUACAGAGAGUACUUUGAGCAAAGCGGUCGACGUCAGCAGAAUUCUACCGACCGCAUGGCAGACAGCACUCGGGAUUAAUAAAAUCACGGCGGCUGCAGUCGUGAAGCCGGCUCCACCUGCGACCACUCCGGCAGCGAAGGUUGUACCAGCGCCCGCAGCAGCACCCAAGCCAGCAGCCCCGGCACAACCUGCGCCUGCAGCACCGAAAACCGCUCGAACGGGACCGGAUCCGCCCUACUGUGCGCAGUUUCUCGGUUUUUCCAAGGAUUUGAUGGGCGCAGGAAUGGCGGGCUGGGCGCAGAGCAGCAUCGACGACAAGAUUUUGAAGGACGCCAGCAUUCCGGCGGACGACAAAAUUUUGCAGCUCUUCGGCAUGAAGCUUGAUUGGAGUACGUACCCGCAGGUCGCAGUAACGAAGGUGGACCCGAUGCUUCCGGACAAGUCUGGGCCGAGUCGGGCAGGCAAGAACGGGAUCGUCGAGGGGGAUCAGCUGAUCAUGCUCGGCACUUUGCAGGACCGGCUCACAACCGUGGUCACUUGGCCCGGAAGCUCUCCUGCGGACGCACUGAUUCAGAAGGUGCAGCGAAAAUUCGGUCGGGGAGACAACCCAGUCGCGGCGUUUGCGUUUUUGAGGAAGAAGAAAAUGGCACAAUAUGUGCAAUUGGAAGCGACGGAGAAAUCUCUCGGGAUCUCCUUGGAUACCAAGGGAAAAAUCGACCGUGUUGCGCCGGGGAGUUGGGCGGCGAAGCAGGGAAUCGAGGGUGGAGAUGUCGUUGCUGUUGCGGGUGAUGUGCUGACAGAAAAAGACGGACCAGAGGUGCAAAAGCGGGUGUCCGACGGCGGGACGCGGCCGCUGCACAUCCUGUUUAGGCGUCAAACCGAGUUUCCAGCCACGGUGCUGCAGCAGGCAGUUGACGUCAGCAGAAAUCUACCGCCGAACUGGAUUUCGAAAGAACCCGCAGCCGGAGCAGCGGGAAAAGCUGCUGCACCUCCGACGGCAGUUGUAAAGCCGCCUGCGCCGUCGAGUGCGAAACCUGCAGCGGGUAAAAAGCCCGCUGGUCCUCCACCAGGAGCCCCAGCCCCCGCAGCGGGAAAGAAGGCUGCACCCCCAACAGCAGCUCCGAAAAAAGCACCCCCAGCCGCAGCACUGCAGCCAGCCCCCGCUGGUAAAAAGGCGCCGCCAAGCACUGCAGGAAAAACUGCACCACCUGCAAAAGCAGCAGCCGCAGCUACGCCCGCACCUCCCGCACCAGCAGCUCCCGCCGCAGUGGCGAAUAAGCCAGACCCUCCAUACUGUGCACAGUUUCUCGGUUUCUCAAAGAAGUUGGUGGAAAUGGGCCUCGCCGGCUGGGCACAAAGUAGCAUCGACGGUAUUGUGCUCAACGACGGUUUGGCUCCGGCACCCAAGAAGAUUGCGGAUCUGUUUGGCGUCAAACUGGACUGGAGCGGUUAUCCGAUCGUGAAAGUCACGGAGGUGGUUCCAACAAUGCCGGAUGGCACCACGCCAAGCCGCGCAGCGAAGAACGGCGUAUUCCCUGGCGACAUGCUGGUCAUGGUCGGCACGCUGCAAGACAGAGUCACGACCGUCGCUACCUGGGAGGGAAAAACACCGUCGGACGCCAUCGUGAAGAAAUAUCAGCGGAAGUACGGGCGGAAGGACAACCCAGUUGCGGCUUUUGCGUUUUUGCGGGCGAAGAAAGCAAAUCAGUAUGUGCAGCUGGAGGCACAGGAGAAGACGCUAGGGAUCACCGUAGCAGACGACUGCGCAAUUACUGCAAUAGCAGCUGGGAGUUGGGCGGCCAAGCAGGGCUUGAAGCCCGGAGACAAGGUCGUGGUCGCCGGCGACGCGCUGGCAGAGCGGCAAGCCGACGACGUGAAAACACGGGUUGCCGACGGUGGCCCACGACCCAUGCACUUCUUGUUUCGCAGGGAGACGGAAUUCGAUGCGGAAACGCUGAAGAAGGGCGUUGACGUGAAGCGAAACAAACCACCAAACUGGGACAAGUUGGAGUGAGUGGUGCUGCAUAUCCAAGAGCGCACAUUAAAUAAAGGUUUUCUUUUCAAUUCAUGUAUCUUCUCGUAGCUGCUGCUGCGUUAGGUAGCAAGUUUCAUUAUCCUUUUCGUUUCACUUUCAUCACACGCAUUUGCAAGUAGCGGUAGAACGAUUUCCUUU